AUUUUCUUAGCCAAAAAAAAAGUUGAGUGCAAUGGCUUGGUCUGCUGUGUCCUCUGCAGUGAACACAAUAGGCAAUUUACUUGCUGAAGAAGCAACCUACCUAUGGGGCGUGGAGGAGCAAGUUGAUCGUCUACAAACUGAGCUCAAAUGGAUGCAAAGCUCCUUAAUGGAGGCGGAUGUCAAACAGUCGACGGACAGGAGGAUAAGCCUUUGGGUUGCCGAAAUCAGAGAGCUUGCCUAUGAUGCCGAGGAUGUCAUCGAGGAUUUCGCUCUCAGGGUCGGGUCCAGGAGGAAAGGCGGUCUUUCGAAUUGUAUCAAAAGAUCCGCCUGCAUCUUGGAAGAGGGAAGGAUCCUUCACAAAACGAGAUCAGAGAUAGAUAAGAUCUUUACAAGGAUCACUGACUUGGUGCGAAGAUUGCAGGCAUAUGGCAUAAAGGAAUUAAGGGAGAAAGAAGGACCGAGUAGUUCAGCCCAAAGACGGGAAUUGAGGCAGUCUUUUCCUCACAUCAUCGACGAUAACAUCGUCGGGUUAGACAUGGAUGUCAAGAAACUGGUCUCGGUUAUCGUCGAAAGUGAAUCCAAUGUUGUUUUGAUAUGGGGAAUGGGUGGUCUGGGGAAGACCACUCUUGCCAAAAAGAUAUACCAUGAUAGCCGAGUUAAUGAUCAAUUUGUUCAUGUGGUUUGGGCUUAUGUUUCUGAGCAGUACCAGAGAAGAAGAGUUUGGCUAGACAUUUUGUCUGGUCUGAACAUUCCCUUUCAAGUUGACUGGAAAACCAGGGAUGAAGAGAUAUCAGAGAAGUUGUUUAAGUUCCUGAACAAGAAGAAAUGUUUAAUGAUAAUUGAUGAUAUUUGGAGCAAAGAAGCUUGGGAUAGCAUAAAGCCUGCAUUUCCAGAAAAGGAUACAAGUUGCAAGAUAUUGCUCACCUCUCGGAAUAGAGAGGUAGUUUCAGAUGCAGAUGGUAGCAGAGUUUACGUGCACCCGUUGCAGCUCCUAAGCCCGGAUCAAAGCCGGGACUUGUUUCGAAAGAUUGCGUUUCCUCAAGGUCGUCAAGACGAAGGAGAAAAGAAAAAGCUAGGCGAACAAAUGGUUGAUCGUUGUGGAGGGUUGCCAUUAGCCAUUGUUGUGCUGGGAGGAAUUUUGGUGACAAAAGAUUCAGUAAAUGAAUGGCAAAAGGUGGCUGAUAAUGUGGAAUCCUUCUUGAAGAGAGGCCAAGGCCAUGGAGUGGAAGAAGUGUUGGCAUUAAGCUAUGAUGAUUUGCCGUACUACUUAAGGCCGUGCUUUUUGUACUUGAGUAAUUUCCCGGAAGAUUUUGAGAUACAGGUCUAUAGAUUGAUUCAACUAUGGGUGGCUGAAGGUAUAGUUUUAUCAGAGGAAGGGGAUGGGAACAUGGCAGAGGAUUUGGCAGAAGGUUACUUAAUCGAGCUAGUACAAAGGUGCAUGGUCCAAGUACGAGACAGAGACGUCGCAACCUCAAAGAUCAAAACAGUUCAAAUGCAUGAUCUCAUGAGAAAUCUUUGCUUCUCAAAAGCAAACCAAGAAAAUUUUCUCAGCGUGGUUGAUAAGUCAAACGCAUGUUCGAUUUCCACAGUACGAAGGAUACGUAGAGUUUCAACAACCAAUAUUUUGUGGUUAAAACGCAUUAAAAGUCCAAAUAUCCGAUCAUUUUUGUUCGUAGGUAUGCAUUUAUCGUUAUACGAGUUAUCUAAAGCGAUGAUGGUACUUACAGAACAGGAGUUCCACAAAAUGCUUGAUUACAGGAAAAAACAUAAAGAAGAACGUGAAGUUGACGGUCUCCUUUUGGAUAUUGAAGUACAUGGACUUUACACAUACAUGUUCAACAAUUUCAAAUUGCUGAGAGUCCUUUCGUAUGAAGGAAAAUAUUCUACGUGGUUCGGCCUCAAGUUAUCAAGUGAUAUAGGUAAUCUCGUCCAUUUAAGAUUGUUGAGUCUAGGGAAUCUUUAUUUCUCAUGUUUUCCAUCAUCUCUGGGCAACUUGAGGUGCCUGCAAACCUUGGAUUUAAGAGUUCAUGGAAAAACUUUUGUACCUGAUGUGAUAUGGAGGAUGGGGCAACUAAGACAUCUCUAUCUUCCUUGGAGAUGUGCACGAAGAACAAAGUUGAAGUUGCAUACUUUGAGAAACCUCCAAACACUUGUGAACUUCAACGCAACGAAUUGUUACUUGAAGGAUCUCAAAAACUUGACAAAUCUUAGAGAGCUGGAGAUUCAGGGGCCGUUCGAGAUCGAUGAUUUUAACGAGGAGGUCAUCCGGAGUAAAUAUCUUCACUCCUUGUCCAUUUUCAAUGAUGGAGGAAGAAUAGAUCCAAAACAUUUGAAUCACCUCCUUUCAAGCUGUGGUAGUAUUUGUAAGCUGAGUUUAGAUGCGGAGAUAAGUGAGAUACCGCAGUACGAAAACUUGUCUCUGAAUCUUGCUUACAUAAAGUUGAGAAAGAGCAAGAUUGGGGGAGAUCCAAUGCCAACACUCGAGAAGCUACCUAGCUUAAGGGUUCUUGAAUUGCAUGAGAAAGCUUUCACCGGAAAGGAGAUGUUUUGCUCUGCACAAGGUUUUCCUAAACUCGACUCCCUAAGCCUUAUCUAUCUCGAUCAUUUGGUGGAGUGGAAGGUGGAGGAAGGAGCCAUGCCAUGUCUUCGACAAUUGCAGAUCAAAUGGUGCGACAAGCUGGCGAUGUUUCCAGACGGACUGAGGCCGCUCGUUAAAACCCUCCAACUGAACGUUGAAUUAAUGAUGCCAGAGGAAUUCAAAGAAAGUGUGAAGGAAGGAAGAGAGGAUUUCAUCAAAAUCCAUCGUGUUCCUUCUAACACAUUCCAGGGCUGUGAUGACUAGCAAUUAUGAUUAUUGGCAGGGAAAGAAGGCGAUUGUAUUGUGGAUUGGAGAUGUAAAAUAGUGUUGUUAUUUGUGUAAACUGAUGUUAUAUAGUAUGAUAAUUGUAGU